AAUUGAAACGAAGUUUUAAAGUAUUAUCGUAUCAAACACGUGAGAAAUAUUGAGGAACUUUUCUUUUCCUUAAUUAUUAAAAUUAAUUAAUAAUGGAUAUAAUAAUAGAUACAAAAGGUGAUGAAGAUUUGAUAAAGAAAGAUUGUUUGAUAGAAAAUGAUGAUGAUUUAGAUUUUGAAAAUCAUGAUACGCAGACAUCCAAAUUUUUUGACAUAGAAGAAGAUUUAAUUAAAAAUGAAGUUACAACAAAAAAGAUAGUUCGUAAUGUAACUAAAGAUAUCGAUCUCGACGAAUUUGAGAAAGAUAUGGGUUGGUCAAAUGAAAGAAAGAAAAAUAAUCUAAUAUCUAGUCAAGAUGUAAUUCAUUUGACUCAAGAAUUGACAGCAGUAGAUAAGAUACUUAAAAAAAGUAUUAUUCAAUCUGGUUUUGAAAAGUUAGAAGCUGUACCUUGUGAGCUUAGUACAAAAUUGUUAAAAGCUAAAAGACGUAAGGAACGUAGUAAAACUAAGGGUAAAGAUUGGUUUAAUAUGGGUGCUCCUGAAUUAACACCAGAAGUUAAACAUGAUCUUCAAGUUAUAAGAAUGAGAUCAGUAUUAGAUCCUAAACGAUUUUACAAAAAGAAUGAUCUUAAAACAUUACCACGAUACUUCCAAAUUGGUAAAGUUAUUGAUUCACAUUUGGAUUAUUAUUCUGGACGUCUUACUAAGAAAGAACGUAAGAAAACAAUUGUGGAUGAACUUAUGACUGAUGCUCAAUUCUCUAAAUAUAAUAAACGUAAAUAUAAGGAGAUCAUUGAUGAGAAAAGAAGAUUGCAUUAUAAAGCUCAUAAACAUGCAAAGAAACUUAAGGGGAAAAAGAAAUAAUAUAUGUAAUUAACAUAUAUAUAUUUUAAAUCAAUCAACAUUUCAAAUAUUUGUAAUUAUUUCA